UCACAGGCUAUCUAGCCAAUUUUUACGUUGCAUUUCCUUGUCUACCAACCAACGAGUGGCCGUGGAUCAACAUAACAAGAGCUUGUAUUGGACUUUGACCAGAUAGAGGUUGAUGUGUUUGAAAAAUCAAUGCAUUCGUAGAACAUUCUCUCGAGUUUCGUUUGAAAAGAGGGGAAGAAAGUAUCGCACACUAUGUAUGUGGGAAACCAAUUGUCAAGAUGACGAGGAAGAAUGCAAGAACUAACGUUAUGGCUGUGUGUAUUUAGUUAGCUAGGGUUAGCUAGCUAGGCAAGUGGGCUACCUAUGCAAGCCAAGAGACUUAUCAAGCAUCAUAAUUAAACAUUGGCCGAGAAGUCACAUCCAACGUGAUUCUUCAAUUGGGGACUAACUUGAAGGUUGGAGUUUCAAAGCCGCGAGAAAGGAAACAAGGGCACAAUCAAACUCAAGACAUCAAACUUAACUCAGGAAUGCCCAGAGCAUUCGCCCCCUGCUGCUCCUCCUGAGGUCUUCGCCCCCUGCUGCUCCUCCUGAGGUCUCCGCCCCGGUGAGUGGAGCUCUGAGCGUGACCCCCCCCCAGCUGGUGUGACCGGGGCAGAAUGCUGCUGCAGGGCUGGCCCCAGCAGUGCGCCUGAGCAAGAGGAGGCAGAAGCCGCGGCUGAGGGAGAGGAUGGGGGUGAAUGCCUCCAGCUACCCACACUCCUGCUCGCCACGCUUUGGAGGCAACUCCCAGACGCAGCAGACCUUCAUAGGUACGUCGUACUCACCUCAGGGUUAUGGAUGUGAAGGGAAGCUCUACAGCCUGGAGGGCGGAGGGGGCGGUGGUGCCGGAGGAGGCCCAGGCGAGCGGCCGCAGGACCGCAAGAAGAAGAGCUCGGGCCUGGCCACGCUCAAGCGCCGCUUCAUCAAGCGCCGCAAGUCGAGCCGCUCGGCGGACCACGCGCGGCAGCUGCGCGAGCUGCUGGCCUGCUGGGACGUGCGUGACGCGCACGCGCUGGUGGAGGAGUACGAGGGCACGGCGGCGCUCAAGGAGCUGAGUCUGGCGGCGGGGCUGGCGCGGCCCCCGGCACGCACCCUCCAGCGCGACCUGGCCGAGCUCUACCGGCUGCAGCUGUGCGCCGACGUGGAGCUGCUCUUCCAGGACGCCCGCUUCCCCGCGCACCGCGCCCUCCUGGCCGCCAGGUGCCCCUUCCUGGGCUCGCUGCUGGCGUCGAGCGGGGUCGGGGUGAGCGUCGGCGGAGGAGGGGUGAGCCCCGGCAUGGGCGGGGCGCCCUCGAUGAUCUUGGACGUGGGCGCGGCGGCAGGGGCGGCCGGCGUGGGCAUGGGCAUGGACGCCGGCGUGUUCUCGACGCUGCUCUACUACCUGUACACGGGCGAGCUGAGCGGCGAGGAGACGCGACUGCGCAGUGGCGAGCUGCUCCUGCGCCUGGGCGAGGAGUUCGGCACGCCCAACUCGCUGGAGGCCGACAUGCGCGUGCUCUGGGAGCGCAUGAGCCACCACGACUCGCUGCUCUACUUCGCCUCCGACGCCGAGUUGGAGGCCGGGACGCCGGGAGGCAUCAGCGGCGGGGCGCAGACCCCCAUGGGGCCCGGGGCCACCGCGGCGGCCGCUGCUGCAGCGGCGACUGCCGCCGCCGUGAUGGGAGAGGAGGAGCUCCGCGCGCACAAGGCCAUCCUCUCGGCCCGCUCGCCGUUCUUCCGGAGCCUUCUGCAGCGCCGCACGCGGGCCGGAGCCGGGCCACCUGGUGGCGAGGAGCCGCCCGACCCACACAUGCAGCCUCUGCCCACGUGCAUCGUCCUGGACGAGUCGAUCAUCCCCAAGAAGUACGCGCGCGUCAUUCUGCACUGCAUGUACACGGAUCGCGUAGAGCUGUCGCUGGUUCUCCGGGGGAGCCCGUCUGCCGGCAGCCUUGGGGAGGUUCAGGCCCUCGUGGCUGGAAGAGGAGGAGGCAUGACCCGCGCCGAGGAAGCCAUGGAGCUCUACCACAUCGCCCUGUUCCUGGAGUUCAGCAUGCUUGCGCAAGGCUGCGAGGACAUCAUUGCGGAGAGCAUCUGUCUGGAGUCUCUGGUGCCCAUCCUGAAGUGGAGCUCGCAGCCGUACGGCUCCAAGUGGGUGCACCGACAGGCCAUGCACUUCCUGUGCGAGGACUUCAGCCAGGUGGUGACGUCGGACGUGCUGCACGAGCUCAGCAAGGAGCAGCUGCUCGCCGCCAUUCAGUCCGACUACCUGCAGGCCAGUGAGCAUGACAUCCUCAAGUACGUGGUGAAGUGGGGCGAACAGCAGCUCAUUAAGAGAAUGGCUGACCGAGAGCCCAAUCUGCUGAGUGGCACGGCGCACAGUGUGAACAAGCGCGGGGUGAAGCGACGUGAUCUGGACGUGGAGGAACUGAAGGAGAUCCUGUCCCCUCUGCUGCCCUACGUCCGCACCGAGCACAUCCUGCCCCCGAACAGCGAGGUUUUCUCCGACACGAUGAAGCGUGGCCUGAUCAGCACUCCUCCCUCAGACAUGCUCCCCACCGCUGAAGGGGGGAAGGCCAACGCCUGGCUCCGGCAGAAGAGCGCCGGCAUCUACGUGCGCCCCCGCCUCUUCUCUCCCUACGUGGAGGAGGCCAAGGCCAUCCUGGAUGAGAUGAUGGUGGAGCAGACGGACUUGGUGCGCCUGCGCAUGGUGCGCAUGUCCAACGUGCCCGACACGCUCUACAUGGUCACCAACGCCGUCCCCCAGUGCUGUCACAUGAUCAAUCACCAGCAAAUGGCAGCCGGCCAGACGGCCCCGCCCUCCGUGGUGGCCAAUGAGAUACCAGUGCCUCCUCUGUGUGUGGUGCGGGAGAUGAUCCGGCGGCUGCAGGAGCUGCGGCACAUGGAGCAGGUGCAGCGGGCGUACGCCCUGAACUGCGGCGAGGGCGCCACCGUCAGCUACGAGCUGCAGCUCCGCGUCCUCCGAGAGUUCGGCCUCCCCGAUGGCGCUGCCGAGCUCCUACAGAACCCUCACAAGUUCUUCCCGGAGGAGCGCUUCGGCGACGAGAGCCCCAUCCUGGCGCUGCGGCAGGUGGGCCGUUGCCGUGUCAACAGCACGCCGGCGGCGGCCGAGGCGCUCUACCCCGAGCUGGAGACGCUGGUGGGCUUCCACCACCCGCCGCUGCCGCCGCCGCCUCCGCCCUACCACCACCCCCACCCCUCCUCCUCCGCCACGCCCGCCCACGGCCAGGGGAAGGGAGGAGGAGGCUGGAGGCACCCUCCACCUCAGCCCUCAAGGCCUUCUCCUUCCCCUGCAACCCGGCAGCUGCUCCAGCGCCAGCCGGCUGAGGCAGCUGCCGACCCGCCCAGACCACUCCCUCCGGCCCGCGGCAAGGCCCUCAUGCCGCCCGACUGCACCAACUUUGGGGUGCCCGGCCGGAGCAUCCAUCCUGACAAGCAGGGGAACAUGGAGCCUGUGAUGAACGAGUUCAUGCCAGACAUCGCCAUGGGUGUGUCUGCUAUGACGCUGAAGGAAUGCCGCAUGUCGGAGGUCAACAUGGAGGUGGAGGGUCACGACCUCCACCCUUUGACCCCCGCCUCCAUCCCCCAUGGUUACGUGGGGCGGCACCCGCACUCUUCCUCCUCCUCUUGCUCUUCCUCCCGCAAGCGUCACGCAGCCGAGCCCAAGCCUGAGGCGCCGCCCGACUUCCCUGACCUGUACGAGCUCUCGGGGCGCCUGGCUGCAGCCCCGUACGCCGGGCCGCCCGACCUCUACAGCCACGGCCGGCCGCCAGUCCCCGGAGCUCCGGCGGGGGGUCCCCUCUCGCCCGGCUACCCGCCCGACCAGCAGGCCACGUGCUGGGGAUCGGACUCGGGCCUGCGCCUGGACAUGCUGGAGCAGCCGCCCCAGAGGCUGGACCUUGCUCUGGCCACCCACGCGGCCGCCGCCCACGUCACCACAGCAGCAACGGCGACGGGGCAGGUAGCCGCCCACAGGGCCGGGCGACCCAAAAACGAGACGGACCUCACGUGUGGCCUGGGCAGCCCCCCUCCGCCCCCCCUGCCCCCCCAGCCCCCGUGCCCACCGGAGCCCUAUGAGGAGUGGGCAUCGGUGCGCAGGCCGGUCACCGAGGGGGCUGGCCGGCGGGGCUGA